UACCCUUAUUACUUUUGGAAAACUAGUUUGUCUGGAGGAAAGAAAAUUCACAAAAUUUGUAUUAUAAUAUUUCCAAAAACACUGAGAGAAUUCUUGUGUUCAACAACUGUCUCAAAAAUAAAAAAUGGUAAUAACUGCAAGUAAUUUACGGGCACAACUUGUAGCUUUAACGAAUUUUUCUGGUACACACAAAGAGCAGGCAGAUAAGUACCGGCAACUUUUAGAUGGGAUCUUACAGAACACAGGAGCAGAUUUGAUAGAUACUUUGAAACUUUUUGUAGAAGCAAUUGUAAAUGAGCAUGUGAGUUUGGUUAUUUCUCGCCAAAUUUUGACGGAUGUAGGCAGUUAUCUAAGUAAAUUAGAUGAUGAUGUGUCAAAGGUGGUUUCACAUUUCACAUUAGAUAAAGUUCAGCCCAGGGUAAUAUCUUUCGAAGAGCAAGUCGCUGGAAUAAGGCAGCAUUUAGCACAAAUAUAUGAACGUAAUCAAAAUUGGAAAGAGGCUGCAAAUGUCUUAGUUGGAAUACCCUUAGAAACAGGGCAAAAGCAAUAUUCGGUUGAUUAUAAAUUAGAGACAUACUUGAAAAUUGCUCGACUUUAUCUGGAGGAUGAAGAUCCAGUUCAAGCAGAAGCAUAUAUUAACAGAGCUUCUCUUUUGCAAGCGGAAACUACCAGUGAGGAAUUACAAGUUAUGUAUAAGGUUUGCUAUGCCAGAGUUUUAGAUUAUAGAAGAAAAUUUAUUGAAGCCGCUCAGAGGUAUAAUGAACUAUCAUAUCGUACAAUUGUUGACGAGGGUGAAAGAAUGACAGCUUUAAAAAAAGCUUUGAUUUGCACCGUCUUAGCAUCAGCUGGACAACAAAGAUCUCGAAUGUUGGCUACAUUAUUUAAAGAUGAAAGGUGUCAACACUUACCCGCGUAUUCAAUCUUAGAAAAAAUGUAUUUGGAUAGAAUUAUAAGAAGAUCAGAAUUACAAGAAUUUGAAGCUCUAUUACAUAUUCAUCAGAAAGCUAGUACAUUAGAUGGUUCCUCAAUACUAGAUCGUGCUGUAUUUGAACAUAAUCUUUUAUCAGCUAGUAAAUUAUAUAAUAAUAUUACCUUUGAAGAGCUAGGAGCAUUGUUGGAAAUUCCACCAGCAAAAGCGGAAAAAAUUGCAAGUCAAAUGAUAACAGAGGGUCGUAUGAACGGCUACAUAGACCAAAUUGAUGGAAUUGUUCAUUUUGAAACUCGUGAAAUUCUUCCCCUGUGGGAUAAACAAAUUCAAUCUUUAUGUUAUCAAGUUAAUGGUAUUAUAGAGAAAAUCUCAGCAGCCGAGCCUGAAUGGAUGUUAAAAACUUUAGAUGAACAAAUGCAACAAUAAAACAUUUAAUUUUCAAAUAAUUUUGGCUUUUUUCAACUAAUGUAAACUAAUUGAGCAUAUAGUUUGCAUUAAAUUUCAAAUGUAUUUUUAAAUUUAAUAUAAAUAAAACUGAGUAAGAA